AUUUCAAAAGUUUCCAUUCCAAUAAAGCGCGUCCGUAAUACUCUUACUGCACUUUGAGCAUAGAGCUAUCAUAACUACGACGGUUUCACCACAUAUGCAGGAGUAUUCACCACGCACAUACGUACACGUCACUCCUCCCACACCACACCAGACCACACCAGAUAGCAGCAGUAAAAACAAAUUGACUCAAAAAAUAGCCGAGAAAAAACAAGAAUAUCCCGAGUCCAAGCAGUAGCAGACUAGCAAUAGCACGCACGCUGGCCCCAGCCAAACGGCAGCCUGUCAUGCUCCUCCUUCCCCAAGCUGCUGAACCCCUUCUCCCUCCUCCUCGCCUCUCCCUACCCUAUAUAAAAUCAGGCCUCCCACUCCUCCAACUCCAUCACAAUCUGAGUCCAAGGCUGAGCAUUCCUCCUCUCACAUACUCCUGCAGCAACGACAACAAUAUCAUAGUAUCAUACUACAUACAGUUCACAACAACACCAGCUCGACCCUCAAACCUACACCAACACGUGGCGAAAAUGGGGCUCUGCAUGUCUAGCGGCGGGGCGGCGGCCGCGGUACGCUCCGAGGGGCUGGCCGCCUCGACGGCGAUGGUGCUGCUGCCAACGGGGGAGCUGCGCGAGUACCCGCGCCCGGCGACGGCGGCGCGCGCCCUCGAGGACUCCGUGGAGGCAGGAGACGGCUCCGCCGGGUGGUUCCUGUGCGACGCCGACGCGAUGGGGUUCGAGGGCCCAGUGGCCGCCGUGCCCGGGGGCGAGGAACUCCGCCCGGGCCAGAUCUACUUCGUGCUCCCCGCCGAGGUCAAGAGGAACGGCCUCCGGCGCGAGGACGUGGCCGCUCUCGCCGUCAGGGCGUCCGCGGCGCUCGUCAACAAGGCCAACACCAACGCCUCCGGCAGCGGCGGACGGAGGAAACGCGCCGGCUCUGUUUCGCCGCUCGUGUUCGCCCCGCCGCCGGAGGUGGACGAGACUCUUGCCCACAACUACAAGACCGUGCCGGCGCUGAUAGCCAAGAGGCGGCCGGUGGCGCGCGUAAAGAGCGCCGGGAGGAUGCAGCCGAGGUUCGCCCCGGACCUGACCGCCAUUCCUGAAUGCGAGAUGAACGAGUGAACCAAGGGAUUGGCCGUUCGGUCGUGGCUACAACAAAAAUUGCGGGCGAGCUCGAUUCUGGAGAAGCUCCGGCAGUUCUGGAACCAGCGGGAACAGAACAUCAGCGGACGACAAAGCGGAAAGCCGUCAGAUCCGUAUCGGACGGAGGCUGCUGGCUUGGCGCGGAAGAUGGAGACGUCACAUCGUCGGUGCAGAGUUUUUCUUGUUUUUGUUUGCGGGACGUCGGUUCAGAGAUUUAGCAUGUGUAUAAUUCGUAGAAACAAAAUUUUGAUCGCAUUAGUUGAGCAGGUGCUCUGAGAACGAAGUAUGAGGCAUAUAUAAACAGUGAACAUAAAACUACAGGACUGAUUUUUCGUCUAAA